AUGAAUAUUGAUAGGGCUUUUGAGUCCAUGUCAUUGGAGGAGGAAGAAAUUCCUUUCAAUUUACCGGAUCUCCCCCAGUUUAGUGCGGUGGAGAGGAACAAGAUGAGCAUAGUGGGUCGUACUUUGAACCCAGAGGCACAAAACAUAGCUGAUCUGAUUCGUGACAUGCCAAGGAAGUGGCCGGUGUAUGGCAGGGUGCAGGGUAUUGCCCUAUCAAAAACAAUGUUCCAGUUUGUUUUUAAGUAUGAACAUGAUUUGGAGGAAGUUCUGCGAAAACGGGUAUGGACUUUUAAUGACUGGAGUAUUAUCAUUGAUCGGUGGGAAGAAAAACCGGGUGAGGACUAUCUAAAGUUCUUACUUGUUUGGGUGAGGAUCCGUAACAUACCAGUUAAUCAUUAUACGGAGGGAGCUAUCAUGGCCCUGGGUGACUUGAUCGGGGAAGUUGACGAAGUGGCCUUUGACCCAACAAAACCUCAGACUAAUGACUAUGUCCGGGUUAGGGUUUUCUUUGAUGUCUCAAGGCCAGUGCGCAUUUCAAAAGUAGUGAAUCUACCUAAUGGAGGAGGAUCUGUGACGAUAUGGUAUGAUUUUGAACGGAUUCAGAAGAGAUGCUACCACUGUCAACGUUUGACUCAUGAUAAAGACAAGUGUCCAAUCCUGAUACAGGAGAGGCAAGAAAGAGGAAAGGAGCAUAGAAAACGUGCUAUGGAAGAAAAGGAAAAAGCUGAAGUGGUGAAACAGAGACUUGUACUCACUCUUGCGAAGGAUGAUCCUCUGUUUGGGGUGCUCAGUGAGGAGCAAGUGGGGAUGGAUAUCAAUACGGGCCGUAGAAAGAUAAAUGCAGAGGUCUUGCAACAGAUGAGAGAAUAUAUCUUGGCUGCAGAUGGCGGGGAGAAGAGAGUUCGACAGGAACGUGUAAGGAAAUCAGUCUCAGACCUGGAUAAUGAUCCAAUGGGACAGAAGACGUUCUUGCGGUUGGAAUCAAGGCCGUCAGUUACCAAUGAAGUUGAUAAAGGGAAAGGGUUUGUUUUUCAGUACCCAACUAGAGAAGAAAAUCAUGGGUUCAACGUUUUACAGCUCUGUGGCUCAUCUUUCAACGCUUUGGAGGGGCGAUUGAUGAAGUCGCCAGAAUGCACUGAGCGUGAGGCUGAUAACACCUUUUUCUUUGAUUGUUCAACGGGUUUUAGUAGUGGUAUCCCUGCUGCUAGAUCUUCCGGGACAACAAAGUUAAUGCAAUCGGGGAGACACAGGCCCCCAAAGAAGUAUAGACGUCGCAUGUCUCAGCAUGUAUCUCUCACUGAGGUACGUACAAAUCUGGAGGAUUGUGAGGCAAGUCAGGUUUCUAAAAGGAAGGCUCAGGAGGUGGCAGGGAAUUUUUUCAAAAUCGCAAGGCGUAACAAAUCGAAGGUGGUCCCAGAUGAGGGACUGCCCAAUCAAUAA